CCCCGCGGAGCCGCUCUCCGGAGAGCACCAUCUUGGCGCAGCGGCUCGCCGAGGAGGUGCCCCAGGACGUGGCCUCGUUCCUCUACACCGGCGAUUCUCGGGAGCUGCGGAGGUCCAACUGCUCCGGGCGCUACGAGCUGGCCAGCCUGGCCGGCAAGUCGCGCUUCGUCUCGCACCCGUCCUUGCACGGCGCCCUGGACACCCUCACGCACGCCACCAACUUCCUCAACAUGAUCCUGCAGAGCAAUAAGUCGCGGGAACAGAACUUGCAGGAGGACCUGGAGUGGUACCGGGCGCUGAUCAGGAGCCUCCUGGAAGGGGAUCCCAACAUCUCCAGGGCAGCCAUCACCUUCAGCACGGAGCCCUUCUCUGCCCCCCAGGUGUUCCUCCAGGCCAGCAGGCACGAGAGCCAGAUCCACCUGCAGGACCUGUCCUCCUCUGCUCACCGCCUGGCUAAUGGAUCCCUGGAGAUGGAGUGGUUCCAGGGCCUGAAGCGCAAGUGGAGGCCGCAUCAGCACAGGAAGGUCUUGAAUGCGGGCUCCAAAACUUUGGAGAACAGUUGGAAGAGGCGAGAGGGCUUCACGGCUGAUAAGAACCACAUCAGAUGGUCCUCUCCUUAUCUGGAGUGUGAGAAUGGGAAUUACAAACCCGGCUGGCUGGUGACUCUCUCAGCGGCUUUCUAUGGACUGCAACCAAACCUCGUCCCCGAAUUCAGAGGUGUUGUUAAAGUCGACAUAAAUCUGCAGAAGGUGGAUAUCGACCAGUGCUCGAGUGAGGGGUGGUUCUCAGGAACACACAGGUGUCAUCUCAACAACUCUGAGGUAUGUUUGUAGGGAACUGAGCUACACUUCAGUUAAGUCUUUCCACUGUGAACUGUUUUUGUAGUAAAAAUGCUAUGAUUUUAAUGACUUUGUGGUUUAUAAGCUGUGAAGAUCUUUUCAUGCAAGAUGCUGUGAUUGAGUUUUAAAAAUGCUUGCAUUUCAGGAAUAUUGAUACUAAAUAAAACAAAGUAAGGUACUGUACAGAAACAUCAGCUUAUAGGGAUAGUGAAAUGAUUCAUGAAAUCUUCAUCUGACUCAAACUAUUUUACACUUAAAAUGAAAAUAGGCUUUUAAUGUAUUACUUUUGACUGGCCAAUCUUGUGAAGUACAGGAAAAGUAACUGAGAUGCUGGUAGUGUUUAUUCAAAGUGGUCUUUCUGAGGAAUGGAACAAGAAUACCAGAAUUGGAUAUCAUAAUUGUUCUUUAAUAGAAAUGUCAGUAUUUUUACAGAGCUAAUUAAAUGUUUAUGUUCUACUCUUCCUGCUUCCCCUUUCUUCUCAGAGCCUGUGUCUGGCUCCCUCUGUCAAUGUAUCAUAUGAUUGGCCAGGCUGAAUGAUCUACAUAUUAAAUGAAACUUCAAAACAGAAUACAUGCAGUGACUUUAUUUGAUUAUUACAUGUAAUGUUGUUUUCAGAGGUGUAAUUUUGCUAUCUAUAAGAUACAUGUACCUCAUGCAUUUCUGCAUUUUUCAGGAAGCUUAAUUAAAAAGCUGAAGUCUUUUACCAGAAGCUAGGAGUUGUUUACCUAAUUGGUCAUAAAAUGCUCAUUUAUCAAAACCAAAUCUGAAUUUAGGAAAAGACUCCUGUUUGAGGAAUUCAUCUGUUAACCUUAUCUGAGCAUGAAAACCUCAGAAUUAUUGUAAAUAUCCUUCUUAUCUUUCACUGGAAUUUUUUUUCUUAAACUAUAUAUGAAAUAAGAACCAAUAAGAACCAAACUAAGUCUUAGUUUAAAGACUAAAUUCAAAUGGGAUUUGUUUUUCUUAGUCAAAUUUUGCCUUCUAAAUUCAAGGGAACACUUGUUCAAUAUCUCGUAUUUCUUCCUAGAAGAAAAUGUAACUUCCUGUGAUAUCUUGGUAAGCCUUGCUUUUUAAUAUAUGCUACUUUCUCAAAUGUACCUAUGUAUUUUGACAAAUGCUCCUCCUUUUCCUACUGUCUUAUGGAUAGAAACCUCAGCAGGGGGUUGAGAUGGUAAAUUGUAUUUCUUCCUGCAACUAGGAAGAAAAUCUGGGGUGGGGCAUGCGUGUGUGGCAGUUAAGGUUAAAGAAGAACAUGCAAAGAAAAUGGAGAUAAUGGAGAAGGAUCAAAAGCCAGUUCUAAUGCCCCUUUGAAAUGGUUCAAAGUCUGUUGUUUGCUGUAAUGGGUUCUGAAUCAUGUUCCGUGUUCUUAAGCAAAACAGAAUCUGAAUAUAAGAUACUGGAGGUAAUUUCAAAAUUGCAUUUCUCUUCAAAACCUAUAUCUUAAGUGUAUAUCCUGAGAAGAAUACAAAAUCUGUUCCUUCUGAAAUAAUUGGUUGGAGAAGGAGGGGAAAUGCAUCUUCCUCUCAUUGCACGUGAGGAGUGGAGUGUAAUGUAGGAAACUGAGUGCAAAGUCACUUGUUCUAAAGAUGACCUUCAGGAUUAUGGAAGGUUAGAAUCCAGGUUGCUUCUAUGAUUUGAGCUUGCUGUGCAUUAGAAACUGAUGUGGGUGGCAUGGUCCACUGAGGGAGGGAAGGUCCCAUCAGCUUUGAUCCAGAGCUGGGUUCUCUGAAUUCUGAGCUUCAUUCUCCUGCUGAGAGCAUGGUGGAUGUUUCCUAGCUGCCUAGGUUUUUAAACAUAAAAUGCAAAGUGUACAUUACAGGUCAGUUCUUCGUACUUGGUUUUUUGGGCUGGUGUUACAAGGGAUGUUUUGUUUUUCAUACUGGAAAGAUGCAUGUUUUGUUUUAGUAACCUUACUGCAGUGCUGUAGUCCAAAAAUGAGUUCCUAUGAUGCAAAAAGGAAAUAAAAUAUGUUCUCUGGCAAAAGUUCUGUUU